ACGCUUACAGCCGUAGCUCAACAAACGAGCCUUGUUGCUGCGGUUGUCGUCCCCAAGAUUGCUUCGACGCCUUGGAGUUGUAGUCUCAUGGAUUGCCCGAAAGGAUGGCCCGAACAGGUAGUUCGUGUCCAGGCCUUGUCCGACAGCGGUCUGAUGACGAUUCCAGACCUGUACGUCAAGCCGCCGGCCGAGCGCCCGUCGGUUGGUAACGGUGGCGACGUUACGUCCGACAUCCCGGUCAUCGAACUGGGGGGGCUGGCGGAGGGCGCGGCGGAGUGCCGCGCCACCAUCCGCGCCGUGGGGGACGCGUGCAGCGAGUGGGGAUUCUUCCAGGUGGUGAACCAUGGGGUAAGCCCGGACCUCGUCGCCAGGGUCCGGGAGGUGUGGCGGGCCUUCUUCCAUCUCCCUAUGGAGGAGAAGCAAGCUUACGCUAAUGACCCCAAGACUUACGAGGGCUACGGCAGCCGCGUCGGCGUCGAAAAGGGUGCCAUAUUGGACUGGGGUGACUACUUCUUCCUCCACCUCCUCCCCGAAUCCAUCAAGAACCAGAACAAGUGGCCUGCCCUGCCAUCGUCUUGCAGGGAGACGGUGCAAGAGUAUGCAGAUGAGUUAGCGAAGCUGUGUGGGACGCUGAUGAAGGCGCUGUCCAUAAGCUUAGGCCUGGACGUGGAGCAGCUGCAGACCGCCUUCGGAGGGGACGCCGUCGGCGCCUGCCUCCGCGUGAACUACUACCCAAGGUGCCCGCAGCCGGAGCUCACCCUCGGCCUCUCCGCCCACUCCGAUCCCGGUGGCCUCACCAUCCUCCUCGCCGACGACUGCGUCAACGGUCUCCAAGUCCGCAGAGGCGACGACUGGGUCACCGUCCAACCCAUCCCCGGCGCUUUCAUCGUCAACGUCGGCGACCAGAUUCAGGUUCUGAGUAACGCAGUGUACAGGAGCGUGGAACACCGAGUGGUGGUGAACGCAGCACAGGAGCGGCUCUCGCUGGCCUUCUUCUACAAUCCGAGGAGCGACGUAGCGAUCGCGCCGGUGAGCAAGCUGGUGACGCCGGAGCGGCCGCAGCUGUACCGGCCGAUGACCUUCGACGAGUAUCGUCUGUACAUUAGGAAGAAGGGGCCGAAGGGGAAGUCGCAGGUGGAGUCAUUGAAGGCACAGAGUGUUAAUUGAUCAGGUGUACGUCAUCUGCUUGCUGUGAUAUGUCCACAUGUAGCGAGCCAUGGUUGCAGAUCUUGCUUGGGUUAUACUAUACGUACAUGUAGAAGUUGUUGGGAGGUAAAGAAAUAGUUCAUAAAUGAAUAAAUAAUAUGUCAGAAAA